CAACGCUUCGCCGCCAUUAUUGCUAUGGCAACGAUUCGGAGUAAACAAUCAACAACGACGCAAGGUGAAAAAUUGAUUUGAUUGAAAAUUUGGUUUGCUUGAAGAUGCAAUAAAGAAUUUCGUAUUGUAAUUGUCCAGAUUCCGAUGAAGGAUGUUCAUUUAUCUCAGUAAAAAGAUUGCCAUUCCCAAUAACACUCGGCUCAACUGUAUAGCAUGGAACAAGGAACAAGGUUACGUGGCCGUUGGAGGGGAAGAUGGCCUCCUGAAGGUACUGAAACUGGAACAAGCCACGGUCACCACGGCCCAAUCCGGAAAGUCUCUGCAACCCUCGAAUUUGUCGAUGAAUCAAACUUUGGAAGGACAUAAAUCGUCCAUUCAUGUCGUAACGUGGAACGAAUCGCAGCAGAAGUUGACCUCAUCCGACAAGGAUGGAGUCAUCAUGGUUUGGAUGAUGUACAAAGGUUCCUGGUACGAGGAGAUGACCAACGAUAGGAAAAAGUCCACGGUCAAGGGAAUGGCAUGGACCAGCGACGGUCAGAAGAUUUGCAUUGUAUACGAUGACGGGACUGUCAUAGUUGGAUCUGUUGAUGGAAAUCGAAUAUGGGGGAAGGAUCUCAAAAAUGUGUCUUUGACGGGCGUCCAGUGGAGUCCAGAUGGUCGAUUAUUACUAUUCAGUAUCAAAACCGGGGAGCUUCAUCUCUAUGACAACCAAGGAAUAUUUGUAAUGAAGUUGAACAUACAAUGCGUUUAUAUCACACCUUCGAAGAGCAUCACCGUGGUGGGAUUGUGCUGGUUCCAUGAUGCAGUGUCUCCAAACCGACCGGUUCUCGCAGUGUGUUAUGAAAAUGGCAAAAUGCAGAUCAUGCGGAAUGAAAACGACGAUUCUCCUGUUAUUGUCGACACCAAUAUGCAGGCCAUUUCUUGCAUGUGGAAUCAUGACGGAACAAUAAUGGCUGUUUGUGGGAUGAAAACCAACCUCAAUGAUAAGGAAACCAACCAAGUACAGUUUUAUACGCCAUAUGGAGUGCAUAUCAGAUCGUUGAAAAUACCCGGAAAAGAAAUUACCUCUCUUUCAUGGGAGGGCAAAUCCCUACGAAUCGCUUUGUCCGUGGACUCGUUUAUAUACUUUGCCAACAUUCGUCCAGAUUACACGUGGUGCUAUUUCAACCGAACCGUUUGCUAUUUGGAGGCUACGAACACGGAAGAUUCUUCGUUGAUUUCGUUCUGGGACACCAAUUCGAAUCAGUGCUACUCGAAACAAGUGGACCCUAUCAUUGCAAUGACGGCAACCACUGAUCAUUGUGUGCUUGCUGUGGAGACCAAAAUCAAUGCAAAAGAGUUCAGCUUUAUGAAUGAUAGUAAGAGCAAAGAUUAUAUGUACCAACUUUUGGUAUGUAACUCCAUAAGUACCACGGUGGAUUCCAAGUACAUCGAUAUUCGACCAAAUUUCAUAGCAAUGAACUCGACUCACGUGAUCGCUGCAUCUAAAGAUCAAUUUCUUCUUUGGCAUUAUCACACUCCAAAGGGAGCCUCAACAUUACAUGCGAAUGUUAAACUAAAGAAAGACAAAAAAUACCACAUCGAUGAUACUCCUGCCCUGGAAGUGCUCAACGAUCUUGACUCGAGCAAAACCUACGACAUUCCAAUCCGCAGUGAUCCCAGCCAGGAUCCGAUUUGCUGCAUAGCCGCGUCCGAAAGCCUACUUCUGGUUGGUCGGGAGUCCGGAUUGUUACAUGAGUACACUCUACCGCAUCUGGUGUUACGAAAUCGUCACUACUUGCAAACCCGUAGCUACAAAAUGGCCAUCAACUGUAACUCGACCCGUGCUGCCCUAAUCGAUUGUAAUGGAAUUUUAACGACCGUGAUACUGCGCGAAGAUAUCGAUGAAAGUCAGGCGGUGGAGGGUCGUAUCGAGCGCAAAGACGUUUGGGCCAUCUGCUGGGCACGAGAUAACCCACAGCUCCUGGCCAUUAUGGAGAAAACGCGAAUGUACAUCCUGCGAGGAGCGGAUCCGGAAGAACCGAUUACUUGCUCUGGGUAUAUAUGUAACUUCGAAGAUCUGGAAAUAACUGGAGUGCUUCUGGAUGAAAUUAUUAAGGGAAAUGCCAUUCCAAAUGUUAAGGAACACAUACUUCAGCUGCGCGUGAAAUCUUUAAGAGAUACUGAAGAUCUACUGGCCCACGUGGGAAUAUCGGAGGCCAAGCAGUUUAUCGAAGACAACACUCAUCCACGGCUGUGGCGAUUGUUGGCUGAAGCUUCUCUGAAGAAACUGGAUUUGGAAACAGCUGAAUCCGCUUUUGUUCGCUGCAGUAACUAUCCUGGUAUUCAGUUGAUCAAAAAGUUGAAAAACAUUCAAGUGGAAGCACUCCAGAAAGCGGAAAUAUGUGCCUUCUUCGGAGAGUUCGAUGAAGCUGAGAAACUUUACAUCGAUACGGACCGACGUGAUUUAGCCAUAACUUUGAGACAAACACUUUGUGACUGGUUCAGAACUGUGCAGCUAUACCGAAUGGGCCCAGGAAUUUCCGAUCAACAAAUGGAGCACGCUUGGAAAGAGAUUGGACAUCACUUCAUGAAUAUGAGAGCUUGGGAAAGUGCUAAGGAAUACUACGAGAAAGCCCACCACAUCGAAGGCCUCAUGGAUACCCUCUAUCAUCUGGAACAGUACGACGAAUUGGUGAGCUGUAUGCACAAACUACCGGAGAAGAGUCCACAAUUGGCAAAGCUGGGACAAAUGUUAGCCACGGUGGGAAUGUGUGAACAGUCGGUAGCCGCCUAUCUCAAGCUGGGAGAUGUGAAGUCCGCUGUCUCGACCUGUAUAGGUCUUCGUCAAUGGGGAUUGGCUGUCGAGCUUGCCCAGAAGUACAAAAUGCCGCAAAUCAGUACCCUGCUCAGCAAACAUGCUGCGCAUCUGCUGCAGGAAGGUAAACUUCCGGAGGCCAUUGAGCUGCAGAAAAAGGCUGGCCGUUUCUUGGAUGCAGCCCGAUUGCUAGUGAAAAUGGCCGAAAGUGAAGUGGAGAAGAAGUCAGAUUUCGUCAGAAUAAAACAGUUGUAUGUUUUGUCUGGAUUACUUGCUGAAGAACACAUAGAGAAGCAGAUUUCGUUAACCGGUGGAAAUAGGGCAUCAGUGCUAUCCCAGAUGAAUCCGGAAGACUCUGUUUUGAUUGAAAACAUUUGGCACCACGCCGAAGCUUAUCACUACAUGCUGUUGGCUCAACGGCAGCUGCGGUCAGGAUUGCUACACAGUUCUGUUAUUACGACGUUGCGUCUUCGGGAAUACGAAGAUGUUCUAGAUGUGGAAGCAUUGUAUUCGUUACUAGCAUUGGCCAGCUGCGCUGAUCGAUCAUUUGGUACCUGUUCGAAAGCAUUCAUCAAACUUGAGGGACUGGAAAACAUCCCGGAAGUACGGCGACAGCAAUUUGAAGAAUUGGCUAUCAAUAUCUUCUCUCGUUACGACCCCAAGGAUGGCAAAUCCAAAAAUGUGACCUGCUUCACAUGCGAAACUCCAGUGGCCGAUAGCAGUACGCUUUGUCCCAACUGUGGCAGUCAUUUCCCACCCUGUACGGCUUCGGGACAACCCUUGACAAAUCCUACCGGUGCCUGGCAAUGCUCAACGUGUUAUCAUGUGGCAAAUCCGCUUGAAAUUUCAAUCCGGAAAACUUGCCCGCUCUGCCAUGCGAUGGUUGUGACAAAAGGAAUUGUAGAAGUUUAGAGAGUACAAAAAUAUGAUAUGUUGGAGUGUGUAGGAGGAAAUUGAUGCAAAUCACAAAAUAAAAGCUCGAAAUUUGACACGCAAA